CCCAGCGGUGGCCCGGGAUCCCCUCCCGGGCUCGGGGGAUUCGGUUCUGUGGCUCAGGACUCCACGUCCCCCCCGGAAAGGAGGGUUUUACCUCUUGGGGCUCAGGACCCCCACAUCCCCCGGCUUUAGGGUUUUAUUUUUUGGGGUUCGUGCCCCCUCCCCGCCUGUCCCUCGGCUCCCGCUUGGGGCUGAUCAAUCUCCGUUUUCUCAAUUAAAUCGUAGUUCGACGCGAGCAUGGGAAUUCUCGUUUCCAAAGGGGCCGGAUUUGGCCGGUCUCACCCGUCUAUUUUCGGGCCGUGACCGCCGGUGUUGACCCGGGCAGCGGCACCUCGGGUCAGGCUGCCCCGGGCGGGGUGUCCCGGGCUGGCCGGGACUGCCCCCGCUCCCCUCGGCCGUGCCUCAGCCAAAGUUCUGCCCCGUUUGUGCUGACUCGGCCCCGGCGUGCGGAAACGGCCCCUCGCCACACCUUCCCGAGCUAUCCCCGCUCCCGGCCCGGCUCAUCCUGCCACUCCCGGCUGUCCGGCGGGGCUGUGCCGAGCUGUGUCACCCCCGUGUCCCCCGUCCCGCUGCAGCAUGGGGCUGCCGCUCGUCCUGCUGCUGUUGCUGCCCGCGCUCCUGCCCGCCCGGUGCUGCGAGCCCCCGGAGGGUUCGGCGGGCGCCGUGCGGGCGCUGAGUGCGCGGCUGCUGGGGCUGGCGGGGGACCCCGCGCGGGACCCCGACCCCGCCGUGUACCUGGCGCUGCGCCUGGCCCGCGAGCACGACCCGCGGCUGGAGAGGCGCUACCUGGAGCGGCUGCAGGACGCCUUCCGGCACCCCUACGGCAGGAGCCUGCAGGCCCACGGUCGCUCCCGGUGGGACGCUGAGCUCAGCACGAGCGCGGCGGAGCCCCCGCACACGGGGCGGCUGGCACUGUACCUGCUGGGGCUGGGGGCCACCUGUCCCCCACCCGGUCCCCAUCGCUCGCUGGUGACGUGGCUCAAGUACUACCUGGAGGAGGACUGGAAAGGCUCCCGUCGGCACGGCCACCCCCUCACCAGUUACUACCAGUACGGGCUGGGCGUGCUGACGCUGUGUGUGCACCACAAGCGGGUGCGGGAGGAGGUGAUCCGGCGGCUCCUCACGGCCCAGCACCACGGAAGGCUCGGGCACGGUGGCAACGCCGUGGACACCGAGGCCGUGGUGGCACUGGCCUUCACCUGCCUGGAGCAGAGGAGGUUGGUGGGGACAGAGCUGGCGGCCGAGCUCCGGGCGGCCGCACACGGGGCCAGCAGGAGCAUGGCCGAGGCCCAGGGCCCCGACGGCGUCAUCGGCAACAUCUACAGCACCCCGUGGGCCCUGCAGGUGUUCCUGGCCACAGGUGCGUGCCAGACGGAGCCAGCGUUUGGCCGGGCUGUGGCUGCACUGCUGGAGAACAUGGAAGCCUUCGGCACCGCCCCCACCAUGGCCCAGGUGCUGCCGGUGCUGCACGGCCGCUCCUACCUGGACAUCGCCUCCAUGCGCUGCCGGGAGGAGCCAGACACGCUGACACCUCUGGACAUGGAGCCCCUGGCUGAGGUGCCGGGGAACAAGACGGUGCAGCUGGUGGUGGAGUGUCCCCUGCCCUGGUGCUACGAGCUCCGGCUCUACGACCGCCCCGUGCCCGUGCCCGCCGCCGCCUCUCUCCUGGACGUGCUCCAGGCGGCUGCUGCGCUGGAGCCCCAUGACUUCAAGUUCCACACCCAGGACACCCCCCAGGGCCCCUUCCUGACCCAAGUGCUGGGGCUGGAGGCCCGGCAGGAGAAGCGGAACUACUGGCAGCUCCUGACUGCGCCCAACACCCCCCUGCAGAUGGGUAUUGCUGACUACAGACCCCAGGAUGGGGAGACCCUCAUCCUGCGCCUCAGCGAGUGGUAGAGGGUGGGGGAUGAUGGCAAUGAAAUCUCCUCUGUGGGCACAGGA